AUGAAGGUAACAGAUCACGAUGAACGCAUUCAUGUGUUGGACAACAAGUCCAACGUUAUGACCGUUAUCAAAGAUAUCGCAAUGAGUGGUUUACAAGAAGAAGCUUUCUACGUAUUGGAUAUCGGAGAUAUUGUACGAAAGCAUCAAAUUUGGAAAGAAAAGUUGCCACGAGUUGAGCCCUACUAUGCUGUAAAAUGUAAUGAUAACUUGCUGGUAAUUGAAGUAUUAGCAGCUCUUGGUACCGGUUUCGAUUGUGCAUCCAAGAAUGAGAUAAACAAAGUAUUAAGUGUCGGUGUGGACCCAUCAAGAAUUAUUUUCGCUAAUCCAGCUAAACCAGCUUCACAUAUUCGUCACGCUGCUGCAAUGAGAGUGGAUACCAUGACAGUGGACAAUGAAAGCGAAUUGCACAAAAUCAAAAAACUUUUCCCAAUGGCGAAGAUUGUUUUACGGAUUCGUUGCGAUGCAGAGGUAGCCCUGUGUCCUCUUGGCAUGAAAUUCGGCUGUGAUCCGAUACACGAGGCUCCCGGUCUUUUACGUCUUGCGCAUACUUUGGGUCUUAACGUAGUGGGCAUUAGUUUCCACGUUGGUUCCGGAUGUCAAGAUCCACCAGUGUACCAUCGCGCUAUUUAUCAUUGCAAGAUUCUUUUCGAUAUGGCUGAAAAUCUUGGUUUUAAACCAUAUUUAUUGGAUCUUGGUGGCGGUUAUCCAGGCAAUAAAGGCACAUCCAUCGACAAAAUGGCUGAAAUUAUCAACAAAGCUCUCGACGAAUAUUUUAAUACUGACGCUGUUCAUGUGAUCGCGGAACCAGGCCGUUUUUAUGUUGCGUCUGCAUUUACAUUGGCAACAAGUAUCCAUAGCAAACGCUCUGUACGCGGAGACGAAAAUUCUUCUAUGGCGGUUACGCACAAUAUGUAUUACAUUAACGAUGGCGUUUAUGGUUCAUUCAAUUGUCUGUUAUAUGAUCAUCAGCAUGUAAUUCCAAUUCCACUUAAGAAUGGUUGCGGAAAGAUGAUACCUUCGAGCAUAUGGGGCCCGACGUGCGACGGAUUGGAUAAAGUUGUCGAAAAUGUCAUGUUACACGACAUGGAGCUUGGUGAUUGGAUUAUUUUUGAAAACAUGGGUGCCUACACCUUACCCGUUGCUUCGCCAUUCAAUGGAUUUCCGAUUCCUAAGGUUCAUAUUGUAGCCGAGGAAGACAUUUGGCUUCUACUAAAGGAUGCUCUGCCUUUAACUGAACAUCACUUCGUUAUUGGUAAUACACCAGCUAACUUGCGUCUUGGUCUCGAUAUCGCAGGGAACAAUAUUGAUCCAUGGGGAGUUACUGAUUCAACAAUCGAUUUAGCAUCGCCUGAAAUAAUGGCAGAUUCUCCUGAUACUCCAUCAUUCAUGUAUGAUUUUGUUGAGGCGCCACUAAAUUAAUCAUUCUUGGUGAUUGUCUUGCAGUGUUAAAACACACAUGCAUUUUAAAAAUCACGCGCGUAUCUUGAUAAUUCUUAUGGGAUAGUUUACUUUUUUUUUUCCUUUUUCUUUCUUUUAAUAUACAUAUAAUGAACACGUAAAAAUUAUUUAAAUAGCAUAAUUUUACAUAUUUUCUUUUACUUUUUCUAAAACUUUCUAAAAUAACUGUUUAAACAGAAAUGUCUGUCAGUCGUAUCUAUCUCACAUGCAUUGGGUUCGAUUGCAGUCGAUAGACCUCUUUUAUCAGGCAAAUUCUUCAAAGUUACUUUUCUUUGCUCAUUUUCGUGAAAAAUUACGCUAAUUUCUAGUAAUAAUUAAAGAUUAGCAAAUAAGAGUAAGUUAAGUAAAAAUAAAACUGGCUCCUUUGACAUUAUAAAUGAAAAGUAACAUUUACAAUUGUCAAUUUCUUCUGUCUCUGAUAGACGAACAUAUGGUGGAUGUUUAAUCGUAUAUGUGUGCUUCCUACAUGUUAUCUGUCUAAUAGAGCGUAUUAUAGCUCAUACAUUUCUGAAUACAAGUAUCGGUAUCUCAGAAGAAUAGCUUGCCAUAUCUUUUUUCGCAAUCUUUUUCUACAAUUUAAUAAAAUAAAAAAUUUAAACGAGCUAUAACUUGUUCUUUGAACAGAAAUCAUAUGCAUAUGGAGUAAACGUAAUUUGACACUAGAAAUAUCUCUUUCUGUACAUUACAAACAGACGUGUCGAUACAUAACGACUUAAAUAUUAAUUCAAACUAUAAUUUAGUUUUGUGGUUUGAUUAUUUAACGUAAGAAGAUAUUUUUUUAGAAGACUUGGGCAAUUACUCGAGGCAAGUUGAGAAAUGUUAUUUGAAACUAUUUCCUAAUUAAGACUUUGAAACAUUAAGAAAAAAGGAACUUAUAAGAUAUUAACAUAUACAAUAUACAAUAUUAUAUUAGCUAUAAAUGCAUUUCCUAAAAUUUAUUUGCUAAAUAAAGCAAAUAUAAACUCUGUAGAAUUGCUAGGAACUUCAACGGCAUUGAGGCAGCUGUCAUGUGAAAAGAAUGUAAUUGAUUUUUUAUUAUUAUGAUUGUAUUAUAUGUCUACUAUUAUUAUAAUAUUAUUAUUACUAUUAUUAUUGUGAAUUAAGUAUGAAUAAUGGAUUAAUAAAUGCAAUAAAAUGCA